CACGUAAUAGCUAUGCUAAACAUGCAUUCCAGUGGAGCCUCCCACUGCAUGUUUGAUUAAAUUCUGUACGACUAUGUAUUAUUUAUCGAAUAUUCCCCGCGUGCACUUGUACAGAAUCCGUAUGUUCCCGUCCCCCAAUCUGGAGACCGGAUGCUGUUCCAUAGAUCCGGUGGCUGUUGUCAUUACGUUCCACAGUCUAUGCCAUUUUUUCUUAAGCUGCAACAUCCCCGUACACUUCGGUUUACUGCUAGUUUAUCCCAAAAACUUGCUUGCUUGUCUUGCCCUCCCUUUCUUCCAUCUUCUUCACAAACUCAGGCACAAUGACUAUCCCGACUGGCUCAAGUUCUCCCACUCCCUCCGGGAUUACCGUCAUAAUCAUCGGCCUGGGGAUCGGAGGCCUCACAGCGGCUCUUUCCUGUCAUUUGAAGGGACACCACGUGAUCGGCUUCGAGAAGCUCGAAAAUCUCGAGCCGUAUGGCGAUGGCCUGAUCCUGACGCCCAAUGGCCAUCAAGUGCUCCGAGACCUCGACGACACCGGAUCCAUAGGGGAGUGGGUCAAGAAAUGGUCCUACAACUGCACAAACUGCAAAGUUUACGAUACAAAUGGGGUGCACGUUGGUCAACACCCCAUUCCCGACACGGAUAAAGGGCUGUCCCUGGUACCUCGCGGGGGCCUGGUCCAUACUCUAUAUCAGACGGCCAAGAGACUCGGGCUAGACCUCCGAUUAGGCGUGAAGGUCACUGAAUUCCGCGAGAACGAGACCGAAGCUAGUGUCGUCGUGGAUGGCAUCGAGACCGUAGGCGACUGCAUCAUCUUUGCCGAUGGCGCGAACAGCAGAGGCCGCGCUGUUGUCUCGACCAGGAACACGCGGCCCUAUUACUCCGGUUUCUCAGCCUACCGUGGCAAAGCGGAUGGAACGGCACUCAUUGACGAUCCCCAAUGCCACUGGCUCCUGAAUAAGGAUAGCAAGAAUGAUUCCGCGACUGCCUUUGCAGGACCAAAUAUGUACGUCUUGCUUGCGACGUGCGGAAAAGGGAGGGCGUCGUUUUGUCUUGGAAUCACUCAGCUGGUAGACAAUUUCUGGACCACCCCGGUUGACAAAGAGGAGAUGCUCGGGCAGAUCGACUACUGGGCAUGCAUCGAUCAGAUCCGCCCUGUGGUCCACAAAAUGUCCAAAGACCAAUUCAUUCUCUGUCCUUUACUCCGCGCCGGUGUGCUGGAUUCCUGGGUCUCACCGGUGGGACGCAUCGCCGUCAUCGGAGACGCCGCACAUCCCUUCUUCCCUACCUCCGCGCAGGGCGCAACCCAAGCCAUUGAAGAUGCCGCCACGAUCGCUAUCACCUUACAACGCGCGGGAAAGCGUAACAUCAAGCUGGGAUUGAAGGCUAUGGAGGAGCUCCGAAAACACCGAGCAACCUUCAUCCAGCGCAACGCAUGGAGAGUCAACGAUGCAUGGUUCGAGACACCGGUGGACGAGCGCGUGGGGAAAAAAGCAGCUCCUGCAAUUGGCAUCAUUGACUGGAUUGCAGAGCACUGCUGCAGAAGCUAUGCGUCCGAGGAGUUUGAGCGGGUGCGCUGGUCUAUCGAAACAGGCGAGGCUUAUAUACCGACGAAUAUUCCUGCCGAACGUAAUGAUAUUCCGCUCCCCAUGUAGUUCGCUGCGAUGUUGCUAACGAUGUGCCAGAUUUCAAGGAAGCCGCUGAGUGGAUUGCGAUGAAAGACGGUGGCGAGGAAUUCCAUUGUACUCCUUGCAAUAAGGGUUGAGG